AUGGCCCAGAACGAUUUGUUAUAUGCGGGGGUAAUGGAAAGCAUAACCUCAUUACGCGGAUUUUCUGCUGGGUACAUUCCCUUUCGCGCUCAGCACCAGAUCCUGCAGGUCAUACAACGACAACUCGAAAUUCAUGCUUUCCGCUUUAUUCAGGAAUGGCAUUUAGCAGAGUCACUCGCGGCCGGAUGGACGUGCCCAGAGGCCUUAGAGUUACACAAAGUUUUUCGGUUCUUCAGAGCUCAUCGAGAGAAAGUCAAGGAUGAAUGUUAUCAGUUAACUCUGAGAGCGUUGACCCGAUGGCGUGGCGUGAUCACUAGCAUCCGCCACGCGGCUGUUCAUCGCAUUCCACAGGAUCGAAAAUCACUACUUAAGCUAAUCCGCGCUGCCAUCAAAUUCUCGAAAUGCACCGUUGGUUUGGAAGAUUCCGAAAGUCUUUGUCGUCUUCAAGCGUUGGUGAAGAAGGUGCUUUCAGAAUUCGACCAGCUGACAACCCAGCUAAAGCAAAAGGCCACCCUACAAAUCUCAUUGUGUGAAGCCCGCCCACGUCAUUUAAGUCAGCGGUUGAUCUUGCUUCCAGAAGCU